CAUGGCUCUGCGGACCCUCGUGAUGCAGGAGCCAGCCGAGAAGCUCUCCAUUUCACCCCGACUCUGUUACUGCGACGCAGGCUACUUUGACCUUUUAGACACGACAACACGACAUGGGAACACCAUAACCCCCAACUAAAACCAUAGAUUUGAAAAUAAGUGCCAUUUUUUCAACCGGAAUUUACUCGUUCGUGUCGUUUCCAGAACGAAAACGCAGGACAGACGGACUACAUGUCCCAGCAGCCCCGGAGACUGUGACUUCUUCCUGUCUGCGACUCCUCCCCUUCAUCCCGCGGGUUGGAUGAGUCCCAAACAGCAGCAGCCUCGUGAGCAGUGAUUGGGUGCUGAGCCGGAGCAGGUAGCCAACGGGGAAACAGCAGCCAUCAUGGCUGACGUGGACCCAGACACGCUGCUGGAGUGGCUGCAGAUGGGCCAGGGGGAUGAGAGGGACAUGCAGCUCAUCGCUCUGGAGCAGCUCUGCAUGCUGCUGCUCAUGUCUGACAACGUGGACCGCUGCUUCGAGACGUGUCCCCCUCGCACGUUCCUGCCGGCGCUGUGUAAGAUCUUCCUGGACGAGAGCGCCCCGGACAACGUGCUGGAGGUGACGGCGCGCGCCAUCACCUACUACCUGGACGUGUCGGCCGAGUGCACCCGCCGCAUCGUGGGCGUGGACGGAGCCAUCAAGGCCCUCUGCAACCGGCUGGUGGUGGAGCUCAACAACCGCACCAGCAGGGACCUGGCAGAGCAAUGUGUCAAGGUGCUGGAGCUGAUCUGCACCCGGGAGUCGGGCGCGGUGUUCGAGGCCGGCGGGCUGAACUGCGUCCUGACCUUCAUCCGGGACAGCGGCCACCUCGUCCACAAGGACACGCUCCACUCCGCCAUGGCCGUGGUGUCCCGCCUCUGCAGCAAGAUGGAGCCCCAGGACUCGUCCCUGGAGACGUGCGUGGAGUCGCUGUCCAGCCUCCUCAAGCACCAGGACCACCAGGUGUCGGAUGGCGCCCUCCGCUGCUUCGCCUCAUUGGCCGACCGCUUCACCCGCCGCGGAGUAGACCCCGCCCCCUUGGCCAAGCACGGGCUGACGGAGGAGCUGCUGUCCCGCAUGGCCGCCGCGGGGGGCGUGGCCACUGGCCCCGCCUCCUCCUGUAAGCCAGGCCGCACCUCCACGGGCGGGGCCCCCCCCGGCCCAGACGCCAAGCUCAGCAACCAGGUGUCCACCAUCGUCAGCCUGCUGUCCACGCUGUGCCGCGGCAGCCCGCUCGUCACCCACGACCUGCUGCGGUCGGCGCUGCCCGACUCCAUGCAGGCGGCCCUGGGGGGGGACGAGCGGUGCGUGCUGGACACCAUGCGGCUGGUGGACCUGCUGCUGGUGCUGCUGUUCGAGGGCCGCAAGGCGCUGCCCAAGUCCACGGCCGGCUCCACGGGCCGCAUCCCCGGGCUGCGGCGCCUGGACAGCUCCGGAGAGCGCUCCCACCGCCAGCUCAUAGACUGCAUCCGCAGCAAGGACACGGACGCCCUGAUAGACGCCAUCGACACCGGAGCGUUUGAGGUGAACUUCAUGGACGACGUUGGACAAACUCUGCUGAACUGGGCUUCAGCGUUUGGAACACAAGAGAUGGUUGAGUUCCUGUGUGAGCGAGGAGCAGACGUCAACAGGGGUCAAAGGUCCUCCUCACUUCACUAUGCUGCUUGCUUCGGACGCCCCCAAGUCGCCAAGACUCUGCUUCGCCACGGUGCUAACCCGGACCUGAGGGAUGAAGACGGGAAGACUCCGCUAGACAAGGCCAGAGAGAGAGGACACAGUGAGGUGGUGGCCAUCCUGCAGUCCCCCGGCGACUGGAUGUGUCCGGUGAACAAGAGCGAGGAGAAGAAGAAGCGGGAGCAGAACAAGGAGGAGGAGGAGAGCGUGGAGCCCAGGGGGGACCCCGAGAUGGCUCCUCUCUACCUCAAGAGGCUGCUGCCCGUGUUCGCCACCACCUUCCAGCAGACCAUGCUGCCCUCCAUACGGAAGGCGAGUCUGGCCCUGAUCAGGAAGAUGGUUCACUACAGCAGUGAGCUGCUCCUGAAGGAGGACGGCGUCCGCACGCUGUACAUCCACAACCUGCCCACCGUGUUAGUGGAGAUCACUGCUACUGUUCUGGACCAGGAGGAGGACGACGACGGCCAUCUGCUGGCGCUCCAGAUCAUCCGGGACCUGGUGGAUAAGGGGGGCGACGUGUUCCUGGACCAGCUGGCCCGGCUGGGGGUCAUCAACAAGGUGUCCACGCUGGCCGGGCCGUCCUCGGACGACGAGACGGAGGACGAGGCCAAACCCGAGAAGGAGGAGGAGGUGCAGGAGGAGGCCAGGGAGAUCGUCCAGGGGAAGCCGUACCACUGGAGGGACUGGUCCAUCAUCCGGGGGCGGGACUGCCUCUACAUCUGGUCAGACGCCGCGGCGCUGGAGCUGUCCAACGGGUCCAACGGCUGGUUCCGCUUCAUCCUGGACGGCAAGCUGGCCACCAUGUACUCCAGUGGCAGCCCUGAGGGCGGCUCGGACAGCUCUGAGUCCCGCAGUGAGUUCCUGGAGAAGCUGCAGAGGGCCCGCAGCCAGGUGAAGCCCUCCACCUCCAGCCAGCCCAUCCUGUCCUGCGUGGCCCCCAGCAAGCUGACGGUGGGCAACUGGUCCCUGACGUGUCUGAAGGACGGCGAGAUGGCCAUCCACAACUCAGACGGCCAGCAGGCAACCAUCCUCAGGGAGGACCUGCCCGGCUUCAUCUUCGAGUCCAACCGAGGCACCAAGCACUCCUUCACCGCCGAGACCUCCCUGGGCUCAGAGUUCGUGACGGGCUGGAGCGGGAAGCGCGGCAGGAAGCUGCGCUCCAAGCUGGAGAAGACCAAGCAGAAGGUGCGCUGCGCGGCCCGUGAGCUGUACGACGACCACUUCAAGGCGGUGGAGAGCAUGCCGCGGGGCGUGGUGGUCACGCUCAGGAACAUCGCCACCCAGCUGGAGUCGGCCUGGGAGCUGCACACACACACACAGUGCGUGGAGGGCGAGAACACGUGGAGGGACCUGAUGAAGACGGCCCUAGAGAACCUGAUCGUGGUGCUGAAGGACGAGAACACCAUCUCCCCCUACGAGAUGUGUAGCAGUGGACUGGUCCAGGCCCUCUUCACCGUGCUCAACAACAGCGCUGACGGGGAUGCCAAACAGGACUGCAAGCCUCUGAUGGAGAGGAUCAUCGUGUUCAAGGCGGCCUUCAGCGAGAACGAAGACAACGAGAGUCGUCCCGCUGUAGCUCUGGUGCGUAAGCUGAUUGCCGUGUUGGAGUCCAUCGAGAGGCUUCCUCUGCACCUGUACGACACCCCAGGCUCCACCUACAACCUGCAGAUCCUGACGCGGCGGCUGCGGUUCCGGUUGGAGCGCGGUCCCGGGGAGACGGCGCUGAUCGACCGCACCGGACGCAUGCUGAAGAUGGAGCCGCUCGCCACCGUGGAGUCCCUGGAGCAGUACCUGCUGAAGAUGGUGGCCAAGCAGUGGUACGACUUUGAGCGCUCGUCCUUCGUGCUGGUGAGGAAGCUGCGGGAGGGCCAGAGCUUCACCUUCAGACACCAGCACGACUUCGACGAGAACGGCAUCGUCUACUGGGUCGGCACCAACGCCAAGACGGCCUAUGAGUGGGUGAACCCCGCGGCCUACGGGCUGGUGGUGGUGACCUCGUCAGAGGGGCGGAACCUCCCCUACGGCCGUCUGGAGGACAUCCUGAGCCGGGAUAGCUCCGCCCUCAACUGCCACACCAACGACGACAAGAACGCCUGGUUCGCCGUCGACCUGGGGCUCUGGGUCCUCCCCUCCGCGUACACCCUGAGACACGCCAGGGGCUAUGGCCGCUCCGCGUUAAGGAACUGGGUGUUCCAGGUGUCUAAGGACGGCCAGAGCUGGACCACGCUGUACACCCACGUGGACGACUGCAGCCUCAACGAGCCGGGCUCCACGGCCAGCUGGCCGCUGGAGUCCAGCCGGGACGAGAGGCAGGGCUGGAGGCACGUCCGCAUCCGGCAGAUGGGGAAGAACGCCAGCGGGCAGACCCACUACCUCUCCCUGUCCGGGUUAGAGGUCUACGGCACCGUCACCGCUGUCUGUGAGGACCAGCUAGGUAAGGCGGUGAAGGAGGCGGAGGCUAACCUGCGGCGCCAGCGUCGUCUGUUCCGCUCCCAGGUGAUGAAGUACAUCGUCCCCGGGGCCCGCGUGGUGCGGGGCAUCGACUGGAAGUGGCGCGACCAGGACGGCACUGCCGGGGAGGGGACGGUGACCGGGGAGGCCCACAACGGCUGGAUGGAUGUGACCUGGGACGCCGGCGGCGGCUCUAACUCUUACCGUAUGGGCGCCGAAGGGAAGUUUGACCUCAGGCUUGCGCCGGGGUACGACCCCGAGUCCUCUGCUACCGCCCCGUCACACAAACCUGUCUCAUCCACUGUUACAGGACCCGCCUCCGCCGCGCUGGGACCCCCGUCCGGCCCCGCGCCGGGCCCCUCCCCGGGGCCGGGGCUCUCCCCGGGGCUGGGCCAGUCGUGGAGCAGCCUGGUGAAGAACAACUGCCCCGAGAGGGGCGGGGCCAGCGCGGCCAGCAGGAAGGGCAGCACCAGCUCAGUGUGCAGCAUAGCGUCCUCCUCCGACAUCAGCCUCAGCUCCCUGGGGGGCCCGGGGGGCCCGCGGCCGGACCGCAGGGGGGAGGGGGGCCCGCUGUCGGACACGGGGCUGGGGGUCCCGAUCGGCGCGGGGACGGGAGGCGGGCUUGGGUUUGACGGACAGCAGCAGGAGCCCGUGGUGGUGCUGUCCUCGGUGACGGAGGCGUGCCCGGGGCCGCGCGGCGGCGGCGAGGACGCGCAGGACAUUGAGUCGGCGGCGGCGGCGGCAGCCGGCGCCCCCACGGGGACAGACCCGGCCGCCGCCAUCUCCAUGGGGCUGGUGAGCGUGAGCUCGCCCGACGUGAGCUCGGUGUCGGAGGCGUCCGGGAAGGACGCGCCCGCCCAGCGGCCCCUCUGCUCGGCGGCGGGCGCCCGGCUCUCGGUCAGCUCCCUGCUGGCGGCCGGGGGCCCCAUGAGCUCCAGCGCCAGCGUGCCCAACCUGUCGUCGCGCGAGGCCAGCUGCCUCAUGGAGGCCUUCGUCCGCCGCGCGCCCAACAUGUCGCGCACCAACGCCACCAACAACAUGAACCUGUCCCGCAGCAGCAGCGACAACAACACCAACACGCUGGGGCGCAACGCGCUCAGCACCGCCACGUCUCCUCUCAUGGGGGCUCAGAGUUUCCCUAACCUCACCACCACUGGAACCAACUCCACCGUUACCAUGUCAACCUCCAUAGUGACCAGCAGCAACAACGUAGCCACGGCAACCACCGGCCUCUCGGUGGGUCAGUUGCUAAGCAACACCCUGACGACCAGCCUGACGUCGACGUCAAGCGAGAGCGACACGGGACAGGAGGCGGAGUUCUCUCUCUACGACUUCCUGGACAGCUGCCGUGCUAACACGCUAUUGGCCGAGCUGGACGACGAGGAGGACCUCCCCGAGCCCGAUGACGACGACGACGAGAACGAAGACGACAACCAGGAGGACCAGGAGUACGAGGAGGUUCUGGAGGAGGAGGAGUACGAGACGAAGGGCGGCAGGAGGCGGAUGUGGGACGACGACUUCGUCCUGAAGAGGCAGUUCUCGGCCCUGGUGCCGGCCUUCGACCCCCGGCCCGGCCGGACCAACGUCCAGCAGACCACAGACCUGGACAUCCCCCCCCCAGGUACCCCCCGCAUGGAGGUGCCCGAGGAGGUGGAGUGCGCCCCCUCCCCCCACCUGGCGCUGGUGCUGAAGGUGGCCGGUCUGGGCACCACCCGCGAGGUGGAGCUCCCCCUGUCCAACUACAAGUCCACCAUCUUCUACUACGUCCAGAAGCUGCUGCAGCUCUCCUGCAGCGGGGCCGUCAAGUCCGACAAGCUGCGGCGCAUCUGGGAGCCCACCUACACGAUAAUGUACAGAGAGAUGAAGGACUGCGAUAAAGAGAAAGAAAGUUACAAGAUGGAGUUCUGUGAACACGGUUUGGGAGGUGGGGGCGGUGGGAUCUCCGGGGGUCAGAGCCCGGGCUCCGUGUCGACCAAUCAGAGCAGUGAGAUCCUGGGCGCGGCCCGGGAGGCGGCGCAGGCCAAGGCGGGCUGCGUGCAGAACGCCUGCGGCGUGGAGGACGUCCUCCAGCUGCUACGGAUACUCUACAUCAUCGGCGGAGACCCCGCCUCCAACGCCCGCACCCUACAGGAAGAAGUGGACGAGUUACAGUUCAACGCAUCUCCAGAUGAAUUCACCAGUAAGAAGGUCACCACCAAGAUCCUGCAACAGAUAGAGGAGCCCUUGGCUCUGGCCAGCGGUGCGCUACCAGACUGGUGUGAGCAGCUGACCUCCAAGUGCCCCUUCCUCAUCCCCUUUGAGACCCGGCAGCUCUACUUCACCUGCACCGCCUUCGGGGCCUCCAGGGCCAUCGUGUGGCUCCAGAACCGGCGCGAGGCGACCAUGGAGCGCUCGCGGCCGCCCGCCACGGUGCGGCGCGACGACCCCGCCGAGUUCCGCGUGGGCCGGCUGAAGCACGAGCGCGUCAAGGUGCCCCGCGGCGACGCCAUGAUGGCGUGGGCGGAGAGCGUCAUGCAGAUCCACGCCGACAGGAAGUCGGUGCUGGAGGUGGAGUUCCUGGGGGAGGAGGGCACCGGGCUGGGCCCCACCCUGGAGUUCUACGCCCUGGUGGCCGCUGAGUUCCAGAGGACCUCUCUGGGCAUGUGGCUCUGUGACGACGACUUCCCCGACGACCAGUCCCGACAGGUGGAUCUGGGCGGAGGCCGGAAGCCUCCGGGCUACUACGUCCAGCGCUCCUGCGGCCUGUUCCCCGCCCCCUUCCCCCAGGACAGCGAGGAGGUGGAGCCCAUCAGCAAGCUGUUCCACUUCCUGGGCGUGUUCCUGGCCAAGUGCAUCCAGGACAACCGCCUGGUGGACCUGCCCGUCUCCCAGCCCUUCUUCAGGCUGCUCUGCAUGGGCGACAUCAAGUCCACCAUGAGCAAGCUGCUGCACCACGCCCACUACCCCGACGGCCAAUCAGAGGCCUCCACCGAGGACAGCCAGGAGACCUACUCCCUGGGCAGCGAGGACGAGGACUCCAAGUCCGAGUUCAUCCUGGACCCCCCCAAGCCCAAGCCCCCCGCCUGGUACCACGGCAUCCUCACCUGGGACCACUUCCAGCUGGUCAACCCCCACAGGGCCCGGUUCCUGCGGGAGGUGAAGGAGCUGUGUGUGAGGAGGAGACACAUCGUGAGCAGUAAGACCCUCUCAGAGGACGACAAGAACACCAGACUACAAGACCUGAUGCUGAGGAACCCGCUGGGCUCCGGACCCCCGCUGAGCAUCGACGACCUGGGGUUGAAUUUCCAGUUCUGUCCGUCCUCUAAAGUCCACGGCUUCUCUGCUGUGGACCUGAAGCCCAACGGAGACGAUGAGAUGGUCACCAUGGAGAAUGCGGAGGAGUACGUAGAGUUGAUGUUUGAUUUCUGUAUGCACACCGGCAUCCAGAAGCAGAUGGAGGCCUUCAGAGAGGGCUUCAACAGAGUGUUCCCCAUGGAGAAGAUGAGCUCGUUCAGCCACAACGAGGUCCAGAUGAUCCUCUGUGGCAACCAAUCACCGACCUGGACCUCGGACGACAUCGUCAACUACACAGAGCCCAAGCUGGGCUACACCAGAGAAAGCCCUGGCUUCGUGAGGUUCGUCCAGGUCCUCUGUGGGAUGUCUUCAGACGAGAGGAAGGCCUUCCUGCAGUUCACCACCGGCUGCUCCACGCUGCCCCCUGGUGGGCUGGCCAACCUGCACCCCCGUCUUACCAUCGUCAGGAAGGUGGACGCUACAGACUCCAGCUACCCGUCGGUCAACACCUGCGUCCACUACCUGAAGCUGCCCGAGUACUCCUCCGAGGUCAUCAUGCGGGAGCGCCUGCUGGCGGCCACCAUGGAGAAGGGCUUCCAUCUCAACUGAGCAUGCUCCAUCCGUCACCCGAGCCCCGCCCACCCCCGGCGCAGCAGCCGGCCAAUCGGAGCAGUCCCAGGAGGGGCGCUGGUCAGCGAGGAAGAGGCAGUGUUGUGUGUUUGUUUUGAGACAUUUAAAGAAAAGUUUAAGUUGUGCUCUCUCCCCCCUCUCUCUGCUGUCCUCCUCCUGGCUGCUGUCUGUCUCUCCCUCGUCCGUCCGUGUGUGUGUGUGUGUGUUUGUGUGUGUGGAGAGGCGUGCUGGCUGUGUGGGGGGGUUGUAGCGGUCCCAGUGCCUGCCUGGCUCCUCUGCUGGGGAGGGUCCAGACCGAUGGACCAGGACCAGGCACAAGCAGAAUGAACCAAACAAGCUCAGCUCCCUGUAUUUUCUUUGUAUAUUAUAAACCUUUAUUUAACUCAAGUUGCAGUUUGAGGUCAACAGAUAUUUUCAAAUGUGUAUGCUCCAAACAAAAAAAUCAUUAAAAUAUUUGCAAAGUAUGAAACCA